CGCAGCUCUGUCCUUAGCAUAGAAGAUAAAAGUAUGGGUGUAACAGCACUAGCACGAUGGAUAAACGCCCCUAUGACGGGGAUCGACCUCAUUCACCAAAAUAUCCGCGCAAAUCACAACGGCGUUUGGCGUGGCACCUGGCGCCUAGAAGUGAGGUCUUACAGAUCCACAUUGACUGCACCGUCCGGCAUGCCUCCACCCUCAGAACGCACAAUGUGCGCUCUCACCAUGAACGAUAAUGUCUUUGUCCUGCUGGAUGACCCAUUCGCACCAUCGCGAGGCGAAUUUCUUAUGUCUAUUGCUCAAGAUCCUUCUCAGCCUGCUCAGCACGUUGAAGAUCCACCACACUACCGGAGCACUUUCCUUACAUUACGACCACCUGGUGCUCUCGAGCAACUCCUUGCCUUAUUGCGAGCACGGUGGAUAUCGACGCGGCAGUCUGCUCCGGGCGCGUCGCAGAACCGGAAACCACCUGGGCCACAGUUGAUCAUAGAGGGCCACAUCUUUGCGAUAGGUAACGAUUGGAUUGUACGCGCUGGUAAUGUCGUGCUCGCUGGUGGUACUAUCAAAGGCAUGAUUCUAGAGGCUGAGUACGUCCCAGUCCCUACCAUGAGCUCCCAACACCCAGAUAGCAAUACUUCCGGCGACCUCCUAUCCAAUCUCUUACUCUCAGUCCUUCCCAACGUACGAGAUGCCAAGACGGUAGCUGUGACUAUCAGCGACUCCCAGUGGGAAGAUGUACUAUGGGAUCGAGAGGCGGAAGAAAAUGCGGAACAAGAGUUGGAGAGGGAGAGAGAAAAGGAGAAGGGCCCCGAUGAUAUCUUUGUUGUGGGUGAUGAAGAUCUUCCGACGCACAGAAAGGGCGACUGGACGGGCGUCGAUAGGGAUCGACGGUCUGCCUACCUAAUCAUAGGUGCUCUGAAGUCGGAGGGUCUCGUCUGACUUUUGCGUUUACGUCGGUCCGUAUCACCCUUAUUGAGCUUGAAUUAUUGCAACACUGCUAUGCUGCCCA